CCACUGUACCAUAUCAUACAAGAAGAAGAGAAAGGAAAAAGGCUUAAGCUUAAGUGCUUUUUGUCAAGUUCCAACAAACAUCUUAGUGUCAUUCCUGGCAGGAUGAUGAGAAGCUGUUCCCAUGACAACACUGGCAACGAAGAUUUGAAUUCAGAAAAAGUAGCAGAUUUUCUCCAUGACAAUCCAGAUUUUAUUGAAGAAUACGUCAUCAACAAUGUCGAAUUGGAACUUCUAGAAAGAUGGGUAAUCAGAGCUACUCAAAAAGCCCGCAAGAGGGCUCAGUCCGUGGAAGUAAACGGACAGCCUCAAAGAAAAACAAGUCUUUCUCGUUGGAAAUUUUGUGUCCAUGCUGACAAAAGAAAAAUGUUACAGGAAUUAACAACAAGUCUUUACACGAAUCCUAAUAAAGGACAAGUUUUGUCUGAGCUUGUGGCCACCAUCGCUUCUGCUGUGAAUGCAGAGUGUUGGAAUUUGUACUUAUAUGACAAAACAACACAGGAACUGGCCAGCUUUACCACAGAAAAAGACCAGCCAACCCUCGAGGAUUCAGCCCACAAAAUCUCCGUGGAAACAGAAAAUACAGUGGCUGCUUUUGUGGCAAAAACAUUGGAGUCAGUGCGAACAACUAAUACAGAACAAGAUACUAGAUUUCCGGAGGGCGUUACCGUCGACCAGAAAUCUGCUACUAAUAUUUUAGCUCACCCGAUCCAACAGCCGGAUGGUGAAUUGACAGGAGUUCUUGAAUUAUAUCGUAACUCAGAGGAAGGUCCAUUUCAUGAAGAAGACGAAGAGAUUAUCAACAGUUAUUUAGUAUGGGGAGGAAUCGCUCUUCACUAUGCCGAGAUGUAUUCGAAAUUGGCACGACAGAGAAAACUCAAUAAUUUCCUCCUGGCAGUUGUGAGGUCUAUAUUUCAAGACAUGAUCGUGAUGGAUUCUGUGAUCGUCAAGAUAAUGACAUUCGCACAGAAACUUGUAAACGCCGACCGGGCUUCCCUUUUUCUGGUAGACAGACGCUCUAAAGAAUUGUAUGCUCGAAUAUUUGACGUCAGCGGAGACCAAGAGGAUGAAUCUGCCAAGACCAUUUUAGAAGCUUCGAACGAAAUACGGUUUCCAAUAGGGAAGGGAAUUGCUGGCCACGUAGCACUGACAGGAAAUUCCUUAAACAUUCCAGAUGUUUACGAUGAUGACAGGUUUAAUAGGAAAGUAGAUCAACAGACUGGUUACCGAACACGUAGCCUGCUGUGCAUGCCAAUCUUCAUUAGAAACAAAGUUAUCGGUGUCGUUCAGAUGGUGAACAAAGAAAGUGGACCUUUCACAAAAACUGACGAAGAAGCUUUUGCUACAUUUGCUACUUAUUGUGGACUAGCUUUACAUCAUGCAAAGUUAUACGACAAAAUUCGUCGUUCCGAACAAAAAUACAAGGUGGCGCUCGAAGUCUUAUCAUACCAUAAUACGUGUACGGAAAUGGAAGUAAAUGAAAUUAAACAUUCUCCAUCCUUACUCAACACACAGUCGUUGAUGGAUUUUCAGUUUUCCCCCUAUUCUUUGGAUUCUGAGCAGAAAGUUUCUGCGGCAAUCUUUAUGUUUGUCGAUCUAUUUGGACUUCACAAGUUCGAUCAGGAUUGUUUGAUCCGGUUCACCCUAACAGUGAGGAAGAACUAUCGACGAGUGCCGUAUCACAACUGGGAACAUGGAUUCACUGUAGCUAACGCUAUGUAUGCUAUUAUUAAGAACGCACGUGGAGCCUUCAGACCAUUAGAGGAACUCGCACUUUUCGUAUCAUGUUUAUGUCACGACCUGGACCACAGAGGAAAAAAUAACCAGUUUAUGGCGAUAUCAGCUUCUCCUCUCGCUUCCAUCUACACCACAUCUACUCUGGAGCAUCAUCAUUUUAACCAAACCGUGUCCAUCCUUCAGCAAGACGGACACAACAUUUUCAAGAACCUCUCUCCUGGUGAAUAUAAACAAGUCCUGAGGAACAUAAAGCACUGUAUCUUAGCAACGGAUUUAGCUUUAUUCUUUCCGGCCAAAGACAGACUAAAGGAAAUUGUGAAUAAAGAAGGAUUUGAUUCAGAAUCAAAUGAACACAGGAUUUUGUUACAAGCAAUGGCUAUGACUGCCUGUGACCUCUGUGCCAGUACAAAGCCCUGGGAAGAACAAAGGAAGACGGUGAAGGUGAUAUUUGAAGAGUUUUAUGAACAGGGUGAUGCCGAGAAAGCACAAGGCAGAGAGCCGGCACCAAUGAUGGACCGAACCAAAACUCAUGAACAACCUGCUUCACAGGUUGGUUUCCUGACAGCUAUAUGCAAACCUUGUUAUGAAAUUCUAGCUGCAGUUAUCCCAGAAAGCAGGCCAAUGUUAGAUGGCUGUUUAAACAACCUGGCUCUGUGGCAAGCUUUGCUGGACCAGACAAAACCUGAGUAUGUUCGAGACAAGGAAGGAAAAAUAAAGGAACAGAAACAAAAUGUUACAGUAGAAGGAUGAAAAUUGUAAAGAAACAAGAUGUGGAAAAUAUUAAAAAAAAUAAAUUAAUUUAUAGAGAGGAUUUUAAAAUGAAAUCGAAAGCAAAUGUUUUUUAUGAUCUGAGAUAUCACAAUAUAUUAUCCAAAACGUGCUAAAGGUGUGUAUGUAAUGUCGUUUUAUUGUAUUAAUCACGUUUAUCAGAAUGAUAAAAUUGCUAUAAUCAAUAGUUUUUUUAUAUAGUUAUUCUAAGAAACUUUUGUUUUCAGUUUCAGAUUAUGUCAUAACAUUUCUCGACUACUGAAGCCAAAUUUAUUUUAA